CAUCAGAAUGUAAAACCAUUCUUACUUCAACAACAAAAAACCAAAAAGAUUCAAGUUUGUCACUGUUGCUGUCGCUGCCGCCUAAUAUGAUGAAAAAUAUAUUGCCACCUAAUGUGAUGAAGAAUAUAAAUUUGUCAUCUAAUGUAGAAAAAAAUAUAGUAGAUAUUGAAUUACCUACAAAUGGAAAGAUUUUGGGUGUUGGGAUUUUAGUACUGUCGGGAUUCUGGGAUCAGGAUUUUGAAUAUCAGAAUUUUGGAUAUCAGGAUUCUGGG